UGUUCACCUGCAUUGCAUGCUUGUUCUCUCUAUUAUCAGAAGGAAACAAACCUGAGCAGUGAGUUGGUUCACAUUUGAGUUUGAAUUUGACAUUGUUAAUAUCUCCCUCCAGAUUGUGACACAGAUUGAGACUCUAUUAUGGGCAAAGCUACAAGGUGGUUAAAGGGGUUGUUGGGGAUGAAGAAGGAGAAGGAGCACUGUGACAAGCCUGGAUCAUUGGCUUUGGAGAAGAAACGGUCAAGGAAGGAUGAGGUGAGACACAGCAAUGUUGUGGCAUAUGAUAAUGCUUGGCUCAGAACCUAUGAGAAAGAGGUUGAAAAGAACAAACAAGCCACUCUUGUGAAGUCAUUUAGCCAUGGCAGAUGCACAUUGUCUAGUGGAAGCAGGGAGAGAUGGUGGGCUGCUUUGAAGAUCCAAUCUUUCUUCAGAGGUUAUUUGGCACGAAAGGCUCUUCGAGCACUCAAAGGAUUGGUCAAGUUACAAGCUCUUGUAAGAGGGUAUCUAGUUAGAAAAAGAGUUGCUGAAACUCUUCACAGCAUGCAAGCUCUGAUAAGAGCUCAAUCUGUUGUUCGAUCACAGAGAGCUCGCCGUUCCAUGAACAAGGAGAACAUGUUUCAACCACAAAUUCCUGCAAGAAAAUGUUUGGCACGCUUUGAUGAAACAAGAAAUGAGUUACAUGGUAGAAGGGUUGCUCAUAGGCCCAAAAUUGUUCUGGUGGACACUCCGCACAAUCACAGGUCUUCUUCAAGAUCUAGGUGCAUUGCCACUACAAUGUCUGAAUGUGGAGAAGACUUGCAUUCUCAAACAAUAUCAUCAUCCUCUCUUCCUGUUCCGGGUCGAAUCUCAGUUAAUGGAUGCCAACAUCUUCAAGAUUUUGAGUGGUGCUUCAAUGUCGGUGAACAUAAAUUCUCCACUGCUCAGAACACACCUCGUUUAGCAAAUUGUGUGAUGCUAUAUAAUGCCCCAGCUUCUCCUAUGAAGAGUGUUUGUGGAGAUUGCUCCAAUUUCCCAAGCUACAUGGCCAAUACUCAAUCAUCUAAGGCAAAACUAAGGUCUCAUAGUGCUCCAAAGCAAAGGCCUGACCCCAAGAAAAGGCUUCCAUUCAAUGAAAUUAUGGCCACAAGGAAUAGCACAAGUGAUGUUAGAAUGCAGUGGUCAUCAUCAUCCAAUCCACAAGCAAAAGAAUGUUAUUGUUUUAACAAGGUUAUUUAAAGAUUUCAGUUAGUUACUGCACUCAAAAACAUCCUACAUUCACGAUAUGACUCAUAUUUUCAUCAAGAUCGAACAAUAGACAUGUCUUAGAAUUUAAGACAUUGGGUCAAGAUCGACAGUUCAAAUUUGGUGAUUGAGUGACUUUAGAGAUUCUCGACUAUAGGGAAUCCAUUUCCGCUGGUGUUAGUUGCAGAACCAAGAGGAAAAUUUGAGAGGAUACUCAUGAAGUAAAGAUGUUUUCUACUUUUGAAUUUCUGUUUUCACUAGUGGUCACAACUUGCAGAUAAUAGAACUUCUAUUGGUAUAAGAGUAUAUUUUCUAUCUUGUUCUUUUACUUAUAAUGAAUGAUUCGCUUGUAAUAAAAGAUUUGGUUUGGUUUAUAAUUGAAACAGU